AUGAACUACCUUACUCUUGUCCUUUCUUUGGGCCUUGCUACCUUACCGCAGCAGGCCAAUGCUCAAGAGACCCCAUGCCCUCUCCUAGGUGCCAUCUUUCCGCCCGUCCAGCAUCCGAUCAAGUCCAGUGCUUUUUCAGACACAAUUGCCCAGCUCAACGCCACCUUCAACGAGCUUGACCGUAAUGGCACUCUCGAGGGGUUCAACACUACCUUCUACAUCCAGGCCUUCUCCGCUUCGGACACCCUUUUCCAACAUGGAUACGUCCCUCCCUCCAUGAAAGGUUUCUUGACUUCAGGGAGUCUCAACGAGGAUACCGUGUUCCGCGUGGGUAGCGUUUCGAAGCUUCUUACAGUCUAUACCCUGCUCGCCGAGGUUGGAAUGAAGCGAAUGAACGAUCCCGUGACGAAGUGGGUGCCUGAGCUAGCCCAUGCAGCCAGGAAGAACAAGGGGGAUCCCACCCGCAAAGUACAGUGGGAUGAGGUUACUAUCGGGCAGCUCUCCGGGCAUCUAGCAGGCAUCAGCCGGAACUUUGGUUUCUUCGAUAUGAGUUCCGUCAUCGAAUCUACUAACCAGAAUCCCGAGUUAUAUGGUCUCCCCAUCCUAAAUAAAAAAGAGAAACCACACUGCAGUGUCUCAGAUCCAUCUCUGAGACCUUGCUCUCGCAAAGAGUUUUUCCAGGGUAUCACGGCUCCAACCUUCUUACCCAUCACCUCCACUGCAAAUACCCCCGUGUACUCCAACGUCGCGUACCAAAUACUCGCCUAUGCUCUCGAGGGCAUGACUAGAAAGCCAUUCAAGAAGUCUUUUCAAUCCUCCCUGCUCGAUCCUCUCUCCAUGAAGCGUACAGGACUGGAGGCCCCCAAGAACAAGGAGAACGCCAUGAUCCCCGAGAAUGAACAGCUCUCGUGGUGGAACGUUACCACAGCAGAUGGUAGCCCCUAUGGCGGCAUGUUUUCCACAGCUGCAGACCUCACACGCCUCGGUCAAUCUAUCCUCAACUCUUCUAUACUCAGCCCGUCCGAAACCCGCUCCUGGAUGAAGCCCAUUACCCAUACCGCGGAUGUCCACAUGUCCGUUGGUAUGCCUUGGGAGAUCCGGCGCACGUACAUCCCCCUCGGCCGCAGCGGAGCCCGGGUCGUCGAUCUUUACACAAAGAACGGCGCCAUUGGCCUUUACACUGCGAUUUUUGUCCUUUCACCGGACCACGAGAUUGGCUACGUGGCGCUGAUCGCAGGAGCUAACCGUGCCUACCUGUUAAGCUACCUUCCUGACCUCCUCGCACAAACACUACUGCCAGCCGCCGAGAACGCGGCCCGUGACACCGCCGUUAAGCGGUUUGCUGGCACCUUCAAGGGCCCCAAGAGUCAGCUGACAGUCACUAUGGAUGAUACGCUCGUGGUACGCAACUGGACCCGCGGCGACGUGGAUGUGAUAGCCAUGCAAGCCGCGCUUACAUGGCCAGGGUUAGAUAUAACACCGGUGCUAAGGCUAUACCCGAUGGGAUUGGAAGGAAAUAAGAGAAUGUCUUUCCGAGGUGUUUUUGAAGCUCAAGCCGUAAAUGAGUCUACAGCAGAGGCUGAGACGAACGCGAUAGAUGCGAACAUUGGUCCUUUCAGUGGUGGGUGCCUGUCAUGGGGAGGAGUUGACUCGUUGACCUAUGGCAACAUUGGGGUUGAUGAUUUCGAAUUUGAGGUUGAUGGGGAUGGUAACGCAACUGGCCUUGUACCAAGGGUGAUGAGGGAAACUCUAGAGAAGGUUGGUUAA